AUGGCCUCAUCUUCUUCCACUGCUUCCUCUUCGGCUUCAUCUUCUUCCUCUGCUCCAUCUUCCCAAUCUCCAAAGAAAUAUGAUGUUUUUAUUAGCUUCAGAGGUGAGGACACCCGAUUCAACUUCACGAGCCACCUUCAUGAAGCUCUUCGCAGAAACCAAAUAUAUACAUACAUCGACUAUAGACUUGAGAAAGGAGAUGAGGUAUGGCCGCCUCUCGAGAAAGCCAUUGAAGAUUCAACUCUGUUCCUUGUGGUCUUCUCAGAAAACUAUGCAUCUUCCACAUGGUGCCUGAAGGAGCUUGCAAAAAUAUUAGAGUGCUCCAAAAAUCAAGGUUGCUUUGUUAUGCCGGUGUUCUAUAGAGUGGAUCCUUCACAUGUGAGGAAGCAGUCUGGGAGUUACAAGAAAGCAUUUGAAGAACAUGAGUGCAAAAGAAACAUCAACAAUCAACAACUGCAAAGGUGGGGGGAGGCUCUUACUCAAGCUGCCAAUUUGUCUGGUUGGCAUUGUGGCUUCAAUAGGGAUGAAGCGGAACUAAUUGAAGAAAUAGUGAAUCGAGUCAUGCAAAAGUUGGGCCCUAGGUAUCAAAGUGAAUAUUAUCUAAAAGGCUUGAUUGGAAUUCACAAAAGAAUGGCAGAUGUAGAAUCAUUGUUGGACAAAGGUUCAAACAAUGGUGGCUGUCAAUUCAUUGGAAUUUGGGGGAUGGGCGGUUUAGGCAAAACAAUUCUUGCAGAAGCAUUAUUUAACAAAUUAUUUUUUACAUGUGAAGGGUCUUGCUUUCUGAACAUAAUGGAAGAAUCGAAGAAAUAUGGAAUGGAUGCUUUAAGGAGAGAACUCCUUCGGAGGUUAUUAGGGGAUAAAGAAUCUCACAUUGGCAAUGCAAUAUAUCCUCAUACCAUAAGUAGGCUCCGCCGGAAAAAAGUUUUAAUUGUGCUUGAUGAUGUUGAUAAUCAUGCGCAAUUAGAAAAUCUAGUUGGAAAACUUGAAUUUGGACCAGGUAGUAAAAUUUUAAUAACAACUAGAGAUAAGCAAGUGCUUGGUAAGGAAGUGGAUGAUAUAUAUGCGCUUCAUGGUUUGGAUCCUGAUGAAGCUUUUCAACUUUUCUCCUUGAAUGCCUUCAAAAAAGGCUAUAGUGAUCCAAAGAUAAGCGAGCUAGCAAAAAAAGUGAUUGGAUAUGCAGGUGGAAAUCCAUUGGCCCUAAAGGUUUUAGGCUCCUCCUUGCACGGCAAAAAGCAAGAAGCAUGGAAAAGCCAAUUUGAAAAGCUUCAAAAAUUACCUUGUCCAAAAGUCAAUGAUAUCCUCAAAUUGAGCUUUGAAGGACUUGAUAAUGAGGAAGAGAAAAAUAUUUUCUCACAUAUCGUAUGUUUUUUCAAUGAUGAUUAUGAUGUUGAGGAUGUAAAAAAAUGGUUAGAUGCAUGCGGUUAUUCAACUGAGAUUGGAUUGAUGAGACUUGAAGAUAAAGCUCUUUUAGAUAUUGAUGGAGGAAGAAUAUGUAUGCACAGUCUGAUAAAACAAAUGGGUAAACAAAUUGUUCGUGAAGAAUCAUUAAAACAUCCUACAUGGUGCAACACAUUUUGGCUUUUCCAGAAAAGUUCUGAAAUAUUGAAGAAAAAUAUGGUGAAAAUGGCCAUCAAUGGUGAGUUGUGCUCAUCAAGCGGACAUCUCAGCAAAAUUGGUAUUUUGGAUCUAGGAAGAUGCGAAGGUGUGACAAGUUUUCACAAGUUGGUUGACCCGCGUACCCUUCGAGGCCUUGAGGCUGCAUACUGUAAUAAGCUAGCGUCAAAUCUACUUUCCAAAUUUGAUGAGAUGCGUGCUUUGCGAUCUAAAGCUGACUGA